AUGUCCCUUUCAUCUUCUUCAUGUUGGCUCUUCUUCCUCAUCAUCAUUUUCCAUCUGGUUUCAACUUCUGCUAACAAUGGCUGUUAUACAUCCAUCAUCAGCUUCGGGGACUCCCUUGCCGAUACCGGUAACCUAAAACAACUUGCCUCCAUAUACCACCGUUCCUUUCCUUAUUUCCGGCCACCUUACGGAGAAACCUUUUUCGGUCGGCCCACCGGUCGUUGCUCCAAUGGCCGCCUCAUCAUCGAUUUCCUUGCUGAGAGUCUUGGGCUGCCAUUGGUGCCACCGUAUGUGGGCGGCGACACCAGGAGGAUGGACGACGGAGUGAAUUAUGCGGUGGCGGGUGCUACGGCGUUGGGAUCGAGGUUUCUUGAAGGAAGAGGGGUUUAUAACAGUGUUACGAAUGCAUCCUUGGGAGUUCAGAUAGGGUGGUUCAAACAAUCAAUGUCUUCCUUUUGUGCCACUGCUUCAGGCUGUAAAGAUUUUAUUGGACGGUCCCUAAUUCUCGUGGGAGAGAUCGGAGGAAAUGAUUACAAUCAUCCAUUAAUUCUCGGAAAAUCCAUAGAAGAGGUUGAAUCAUAUGUACCGUUUGUUGUUAGUACCAUCGUGUUAGCAAUCAAUGAUCUAAUAAAUCUUGGAGCAAAGACGCUCGUUAUUCCAGGAAACCUACCAAUUGGUUGCUCUGCCGCAUAUUUGACAAUCUACUAUGGUUCUGACAUAAAAGAGUAUGAUAACACGACUGGUUGCCUCAUACGAUUAAACAAGUUUGCCGAAUACCACAAUGAGUUGCUGCAAAGGGAAUUAAAUCGAAUCCAAGACAUUAAUCCUAAUGUGCACAUCAUUUAUGCCGACUACUACAAUGCUGCUAUGCAGUUCUACGUAUCUCCAAGCAAAUAUGGAUUCAAAAAUGGAGUUUUGAAGGCGUGUUGUGGAGGAGAAGGUCCGUUUAACUGUAAUCCUUCAGUAGCAUGUGCAAAUCCAUCAUAUAUGGUGUGUGCUCAACCAGAUACAUAUGCUAAUUGGGAUGGCAUGCACUUAACGGAGGCAGCAUACAAGUUGAUUUACAAGAGCGUAUUUGAAGGAUCAUGCAGUAUACCACGAUUCAAUUCAUUAUGCCCUUCUCUAACGUUGCACAAGAGGGAUUAUGGAGCUUUUUAGAAGAAGUUGAUGCAAUUUGUUAGGUUUAUUUGAACCUUUAAUACAAAUGAUUCUAUUUUGUAUUUACAUAGAAUGUUUUACAAUAUAUUUAUAAGCCUAUCUCUAUCGGAUUAUAAAAUAUUUACCUCAUAUUCUUGUUC